AUGUACGCAGUCGCAGUGUUCCCUGACAAACGACGAAUGAUUACGGGUUCGAGCAACACGCUUCGUCUUUGGGACUUGGAGACUGGUGUUGUGUUGAAGAUGAUGGAAGGGCAUAACAGUGCAGUGCAUGCAUUGGCGAUAUCGCGAGAUGGUCAAAUAAUAGCAAGCGGUGAUGACGAUGGAAAGGUCAUCGCCUGGCACGGAGAAACUGGUGAAUCCAUCACCCAACCCAUGAAAAUCCACCCCGAACCCAUCAGUUCGUUGGAUUUUUCUCCGGAUGGUAUGGUGCUGGCCACUGCCAGUAAUUCAUCGGACCGAGCGGUGAAGUUUUGGUGUACGAAAACGUGGCAAAUGCAAGGAGAUCCAAUGGAGUGUGGUUAUAACAUUGUCGGUAUUCGAUAUUCGCCUUCUAGUGAACUUCUUGCCAUCGCAACACACUCCUCUAUCCAAAUUUAUAAUCCAGGCACAAGGGAAUGUGUCGCAUCGUUGACAGGUCGCCGGUUGACCCGUCAUGAAUCAGAUACACAGACUCGGAACACAUCACUCGCGUGGACGCCUGAUGGCACACGCCUUCUUUCAGGAGCCGGAAAUUACAUAUUGGAGUGGGACACAUCAACCUGGCAGCAGGUUGGUCAUCGCUGGGAAGGCCACACCAACACUAUCACUGCCAUUGCCAUUCAUCCCACUGGCACCCUCGUCGCUUCUGCAUCUAACGACAAGCAUGUUCGUCUCUGGCGACUCUCAGAUCAACGAACCGUCGCCGUCUUCCAUCAUUCAUUGACAUUACGAGUGAAUUGUGUCACGUUCUCUGUGGACGGCAAGCACAUCCUCAGCGGAGUUUCUAUCCUUGACUCUCAUAACCCAAUUCGAGCAUCAUUUGUGCAGAUCCUUGCUAUCACAACAGCCCGCGAUGAAUGUCUGACUGGGGACUUGUCUAUCGCUGAAGAGCUUCUCACCCAAGAGAUCCUUACCAACGCCAACGACUUUACUUCAUAUGCCAGUCGUUCGUUCAUUAUGGCCCGGAAGCACAACUUGGACAACGCCCUUGAGGAUGCAAGCAAGUCAAUCAACAUUGAACCAUCAUUGAUUGGCUUUAUCUCGAAAGGCAUCGCCCUUUGCGGAAAAGGUCACGUCCGAGAAGCAAGGGUAGCAUUCGACGUCGCAUCCAUGUUCACGAACCAAGAUUCAGAAAUCAACCUAUUUCUUCUCUUGAUCAAGGCCAUCGCACUUUUCAACGCAGAUCAACACGAGGAAGCAAUGCUGCUCAUCAAAGACCUGGCUGCCGUUUGUUCGAAUGUCGAUCCUCUCGUGUGUCGUGUCGUGGAAACAUAUCUACGUGUCCAGCUCGGGAUCAAAGCCUCGGAUGAUGCGCGUCAUGACGAAGCUACUGAGCACUUCACUGCUGCUGUUAACUCCACUGCUUUCUCACCGCAAUACAUUCAUUUGAUAUAUGCGGACUUCGUCAUGCUCUUUGGCUGGGAUCUCGAGUCCUUGUUGCUAACUACACACCAGAAACGGUGCCAGGCAUUCCUUUCGGCGGGUAAACUCGACGAAGCCCUCGAAGCACACAAAUACAUGAUGGACGCCAUUGACGACAUUGCGAAGGGCAGCUGUCUCAAUUGGUCCAAUGGCAAGUCUUCCGAGAAAUGCAGCACGCUCGCUGCGCAUAACGACCGUAUUCUUGGUGCGGAGAUCCCGGGACAAGAGCAAGAUGGCUAUGAUGCAGAACCCAGUUUCUUCUAUGAAAUGCAUCAAAUUUCCAGGCCAAGACUUCAACAGCGCCCUGAGCGCCUCAAAAGACUUAGGCUCGCUAUGACGAGGAGGCCUCAGGAAGCUCCUACACUUGGACCUGCACCACCCGCCACCUCACCAGUCGCCACCACCUCGCCACCAGUCGCCACCACCUCGCCACCAGUCGCCACCACCUCGCCACCAGUCGCCGCCGCCACCACCACCACCACCUUCAAAACUCACCUACGACACCUAUUUACCCUACCACUCCAUCAUGCAACGCAACCUGUUGUCGACGUUCCUUUUGCCCAAGGUCGACAGCGUAAUGCUGCAGCGGGUGCUCCUGGGAGUGAGCACUCCUUGAUACGUGAUGAAGACCUUCCUUCACAGGAUCCCAAUACGCAACAUCAACAUCAACCAGCAGCAGUUCAGGUAGACACCGGCGAACAUGGAGGCGGCCUAUCCUGUUGCUGCUGCUAGAAGCAUUGGUGAAUGUCCACGGGGAUUUCAGUUUUAUCGUUCAUAUUGUCAUGGUAUUCACAUUGGCUUGAAGCGGUAGUUUGUCGAUAAGAUCAGCAUCUUUUAGCUCACUUUUUGUCCUCCUCCGAGUCUAUAGCUGAUUAUGAACCUUGACUUGCGCAUAAGUUACUGAGUUUAGGCAGACCUGAGGCGAAGGAAGACAGUUGUUCUUUCUAGGCUAAAACAACCAGAGGAGUGUCUUUCCAGAGGCUUAUCAGCCUCGAGGCAGUAUGAAAGAAGUCCCGACGGGGAAGGGGAAGAAUCUUUAGCACAAGCGCCGACUGGACUGAUUUCUACAUUGACGGUACCGGUAAAUGCUUGAUGGGUUAGAUCUGUCUUCCAUCGUAGGAGUCAAGUCGGAACUUCAUUCUUCAAAUAGAAGCAAGACAAACUGGUCUGUCCAUCGAUAAGGGCGUUGAUCACUUGAAUCUGG